AAGACUGCUUCGUCUCUUUCCUCGUUUCGUCUAGCUCCCUUUCCGUUUACUCGUCGCGGGUCGCAGCCGCCGGCCGCGUCCCCUUCCCAGCGUAUAUAAACCAACCGACGGAUUCGUCGCUCGCAGAUUUGAUUCCUGAUUCCCUGCCACUCUCCCGCGGCGCGCGCUGUGCCUCCCCGAUUUGGCCCCUUUCGCGCGAGUAUUUUGUACAUAUACACCCGCGCCUUUCCGGCAAAGCCCUUGGCGCUUUUGUUGGUUCGGAUCUUGCGCGGGGCGGGCGGGCGGGCUCCAUCCAGACGGACUUGAUUAUCUGCCAGAAGCCAUUUCACUAAGUCUGGUGAAGGCUGAGAGUAAUGAAGGUUGGGCCUUCAUUGUGAAGGUUAAAUAGAUGAAGGUGCAUCAAAUUUUGGCAGUUAGGCAUCAAGGAUAUGAAGUAGUCUGGGCAUAUCUCUACCCUCCCCCACAUUACACAUCUCCAAUGAGGGAUUGGCUUCCUGCGGAACAUGCCAGGGAAUUGACUGAAGAAGAGAGGGCCUCGCGUGUUGUUUUCAGACAGAUCCUAACAGCACCUCCUGUUCGAUCCAGGAGGUCGAAAAUAGCUUUCAUGUUCUUGACCCCGGGGACAUUACCAUUUGAAAGAUUAUGGGAUAAAUUCUUUGAGGGCCAUGAGGGAGGAUAUACCAUAUAUGUUCACGCCUCAAGGGAGAAGCCAGAACAUGUCAGUACCUUGUUUAUUGGGCGAGACAUACACAGUGAAAAGGUAACCUGGGGUAAAAUUUCUAUGGUUGAUGCAGAGAGGAGGUUGUUGGCAAAUGCUCUAGGAGACAUUGACAAUCAGCAUUUUGUGUUACUAUCUGACAGCUGUGUACCUUUACAUAAUUUUGACUAUGUGUAUGACUACCUGCUGGGAACAAAUCUCAGUUUUAUUGACUGCUUUUAUGAUCCUGGACCACAUGGAAAUUUUAGAUAUUCACAUAAUAUGUUACCGGAGGUUAGAGAGAGUGACUUCAGGAAGGGUUCACAAUGGUUCUCAGUCAAGCGUCAACAUGCGUUGAUGAUUAUUGCAGACAAUCUGUACUACAAUAAGUUCAAACUUCAUUGCAGGCCUGGGAUGGAAGACGGUCGCAACUGCUACGCUGAUGAGCAUUAUCUGCCAACGCUAUUCCAUAUGAUGGACCCAGAUGGAAUUGCUAGCUGGUCUGUGACUCAUGUUGACUGGUCUGAAGGAAAAUGGCAUCCAAAAGCCUAUCGGGCAAAGGAUGUCACUUACGAGCUUCUGAAGAACAUAACAUCAAUUGACAUGAGCUACCAUGUCACAAGUGAUAACAAGAAAGUGGUUACCCAGAACCCUUGCUUAUGGAAUGGAGUGAAGAGGCCGUGCUACUUGUUUGCGAGGAAGUUCUACCCUGAAUCCAUAAACAAUCUCAUGAACUUAUUCUCUAAUUACACACUUUUUUGAGUUCCCGAUAUCGGAGACACCACAGGAAUAUACAGGAAGUUUUUCGUUAUAGAAGUCUUUGUACAUUGGAGAACAGCAAAUUGAUUAACAGUAGCUGGGCAUAGAGAUAGGGGAGGGGAAGGGUUUCGCUGCAGCAACAGGGGGGGGGGGGUUCGGAAUUUAGAUAACCACGACGGGCCGUCGCCACUCCUUUAGGCUCGUGUAAUUCUCUCCUGAUUUUUAGCUGCAGAUUUUUGCCAUGUAUAUCGAGCUUAUUGUAACAAGGAAGAUCCAUUAGAUGGGAUCCUGGUGAGCUGUUCUUGAUUCA